AUGGGCAAACGCAAACGCGAACGCAACGCUGGGAUUCCCAACUGUGUGGCAGAUGCCAUCCCUGCAGGGAAGAGGCGCAAGCCUGAACAGCCGCACAGGGCUCAACAGCGUCACCUCUUGGCCCAGAUCGCCUGCUCUGGAGACAUGGACACCUUCAAAGGCAGAUAUGUGAUGGGCCAUGAGCUGGCCAGGGGAGGCUUUGGAGCGGUCUACAGCGGCGAACGUAGGUCUGAUGGUCUACAGGUGGCCAUCAAAAAGGUGACAAAGAAACAGGUGAAGUACCUCCCUCUGGCCAGCGAGGGAAAGGUCUUCAACAUCCCUGAGGAGGUCUUUUAUAUGUACAAAGCAGCUGGAGGACGAGACCGUCUGGGACAAAGUGCUGCAGUCUCUUUAAUCGACUGGUUCCAAUCAGACUCAGAGAUCCUCAUUGUUAUGGAGAGACCCAGCCCCUGCAUGGACCUUCUGGAAUACAGCGUCCUCCAUGACCCUCUGCCUGAAAACACCGUCAGGGACAUCAUCCAACAACUGGUCCAGGCGCUGAUCCAGCUCCAACAACAGUGGGUUUUCCACCGUGACAUAAAGACCACCAACAUCCUGAUCCAGAAGACUCAGCAGGGGCCUCGAGUCCGGAUUGUGGACUUUGGAUGUAGCUGCGGCGUCACCACUACACCGUGCACUCGGUAUAUGGGCACUCCAGCCUACUGCCCCCCGGAGAUGCUACUCAGCCGCAGUUGCAGGCCGGGUCCCACGUCUGUGUGGCAGAUCGGGGCCAUGGCCUGUGAACUCCUCAACGGUGACGCAAAAAACUUUGACGCCUAUGAGUGGUUCAACGGAGAACUGAACCUUAAAACCAGUGAAGCGUCAGAGGAGGGAAAAGACUUUGUACACAAGUGUCUGACCGUAGAUCCUACCACCAGGAUCCGCCUGGAAGAGAUGGAGGGACACCCCUGGUUCAGCACCAGCACCACAGAACCCGAGGGAAAGAUCUUUGACAUCCCUGAGGAGGUAUUCUUCAUGUACAAAGCGGCUGGAGGACGAGACCGUCUGGGACAAAGCGCUGCAGUCUUCGUCAGGGACAUCAUCAAACAACUGAUCUUGGACUUUGGAUGUAGCUGCGGCAUCACCACUACAUUGUGCACUUGGUAUAUGGGCACUCUGGACUACUGCCCCCCGGAGAUGUUCCUCCGCCACAGAUGCAUGGCGGGUCCCACGUCUGUGAUGGAGAUAGGGGUCAUUGUCUACAAACUCCUUAAAGGCGGCGCGAGAAACUUUGAAAUCUGCAACUGGCUCAACGGAGAUCUGAGCUUGAAGAGUGAAAAGACUUUGUCCAUGUUUGUCUAG